AUGAAAGUUAAAUAUUUGCGAUAUAUACAUAUAUGGUCUUUAAUAUAUCAUGUUUGUAAUGUAAUUUAUAAUAGAUCAUUACAUAUUAUUGAGAUUAGGAAAAAAAGUGAGAUAGGAUGGGGAAGGAAUAACAGAAAAAUAAGAAUUUUAAAUCAAAUAAAUAAUAAAGAAUUAGAAAUAAAUAAAAAUAGUAAGACAAAUAUAUAUGAUAUAUUUUCCGAUGAUGAUAUUAUUAAUAAUGAAAUAAUUAUGAAAAAUUAUUAUAAAAAUUUAAAGAAGACUAAAUUUAAAAUAUCUCCAAAAAUUCAUAGAUUAAUUAUAAGUUUUAAAAAUGAAAAUAAUAUGUUAAAUUAUCCUGGUUUUAUGAAUAAAAAAUUUAUUAAACUACUUAAUUAUUGUGGUAAAAUAAAAAAAUUAGAACAUGUUAAUUUAUAUCUUUAUGAUAUAACCCCAAAUAAAAGUGAACUAUUAAUAAAAUUUUGUUUAUAUGCUUUAAAAAAUAAUAAAAAAAUUAAUGUUGAAGCUGAUUAUAAGCUUAAACCAAUUUAUUAUAAUAAAUUUUUAAAGAAUUAUAUUCCAAAAAAUGAUUAUUCUUUACAUUCUAAUGAAAAAAAGAAAAAUUUCCAAAUAAAUAAUUCAUCUAUGUUUAAAAAUAGUAAUAUAAAUUUAAAAAAAUAUAAAAAAAUAAAUAUUAUCGAAGAACAAAAUGAUAUAAGCGAAUUAAUUAAAGGAACCCAACUGUCUAAUUUAUAUGAAAAACAUAAUGUUAAUGUUUGUAUUAUAGAUACAGGAAUAAAUUAUAAUCAUCCAGAUUUAAAAGAUUCUAUAAUUGAUAUGAAAUCUACUGAAGGAAAUUAUCGUCAAAAAAAAAAACAAGAUAAUAAAUAUGAUUUUUUUAGUGUCUCUAACCCAAUAGAUGAACAUGGUCAUGGUACUUUUAUAGCUGGAAUUAUUGCUGGGAAUGGAAAUAAUAUUAAUAUAAAUGGGAAAGAGGGAAUACAAGGAAUAAAUAAAAUGGCAAAAUUAAUAAUUUGUAAAGCUUUAAAUAAUAAUAACGUUGGUAAUAUAAGUGAUGUAUUAGAAUGUUUUAAUUAUUGUGCAGAAAAAAAUGCAAAAAUCAUUAAUGCAAGCUUUUCCACUAAAAAAAAUUAUCCCCAUUUAUAUUAUGCAUUAAAGGAGUUGGAAAAAAAAGGAAUUAUCGUCGUUACAUCUUCGGGAAAUUGCGUGCAAAAAGGGGAUGAAGAAUAUCAAGAAAGCAAACAAAAAGGGGACAGGAAAACGGAGGCGAAUACUAAAACGGAAGCGAAUACUAAUAGCGAUGGCAAUAGUGAUGGUGGCAGUGAUGGAAAUAGUGAUAGUGGUGGGUAUAGAGAGUGCAACCUAAAUUUAAUGAAAUUGUAUCCACCCGCUUAUUUAGCAAAGUUAACAAAUUUAUUAGUUGUUUCUAAUAUUGAUAAGGAUUCAAAUAAUGAUAUUAUUUUAUCCAAAGAUUCAUGUUAUAGUAAUAAAUAUGUUAAUUUUGGAACCCAAGGAAAUGAUAUUUUAUCGACGCAUAUUAAUAAUCAAUAUGCUAUAAGUGGUGGUUCAUCUUUUUCAGCUGCUAUUGUUACCGGAGUUAUUUCAUUAUUAUUUUCAAUAAACCCCAAUUUAAAUAAUAAUGAAAUUAUUGAUCUAAUUAAAAAUUCAAUAAUACAAACAACUAAGUUGAAAAAUAAGGUUAAGUGGGAAGGAUAUUUAAAUGUUUAUUUGCUUAUUAAACUGAUGAUAGAGAAAAUGGGACUUACACUAGUGGAAUAA